ACUUUCUGCUCCAGCUCCCGCCACCGCCGCCACCGCCUGGAAAGCCACCACCUCCUCCCUUUCCUCCUCCUCCUCCUCCGCCUAGAAGCGUUGUUUUCUGCAGCGGGGGAGAGAAGUGCUAUGUCAGGAAAGUUCCGGGAGGGACUGGAUGGGGCCAUGCUCGCUGGGCUCUGCAGGCGCCCGCGCGCAGCCCUUUGUAUAAGGCAAAAGGACUCCUGUGGAAGAUGGAACUCUGUGUGUGUUUUCCAGAGCGUGUUUCCAAGCCCAUCAAUGAAACAUGAUACUGCUGCUCUGUGUUGAAAUGCUUGAAGAACAUCUUGUUAUCUGCUGGCCACUUCCAUCCUACUGAAACCAUGGUCUUCUCCGCGGUGUUGACUGCGUCCCAAACUGGGGCCACCAACACAACGUUCGUGGUCUAUGAAAACACCUACGUGAAUAUUACGGUUCCUCCACCAUUCCAGCAAGCUGGCAUCGGUCCGCUGCUUAGAUACAGUUUUGAAACCCUGGCUCCCACUGGGAUGAGUUCCUUGACAGCGAAUAGCACAGCUGUAUCCCCAACACCAGCAGUUUAUAAGAGCCUAAACUUGCCUCUGCAGAUCAUCCUUUCUGCUAUAAUGAUAUUUAUUCUGUUCGUGUCUUUUCUUGGGAACUUGGUGGUUUGUCUCAUGGUUUACCAAAAGGCUGCCAUGCGAUCUGCCAUUAACAUCCUCCUGGCCAGCCUGGCAUUUGCAGACAUGUCGCUAGCAGUGCUGAACAUGCCCUUUGCCUUGGUAACUAUUCUUACUACCAGGUGGAUUUUUGGGAAAUUCUUCUGUAGGGUAUCUGCUAUGUUUUUCUGGUUGUUUGUGAUAGAGGGAGUGACCAUCCUGCUCAUCAUUAGCAUUGAUAGGUUCCUUAUUAUAGUCCAGAGGCAGGAUAAGCUAAAUCCAUAUAGGGCUAAGGUUCUGAUUGCAGUUUCCUGGGCGACGUCCUUCUGUGUAGCUUUUCCUUUGGCUGUAGGAAACCCAGACCUACAGAUACCUUCCCGAGCCCCCCAGUGUGUAUUUGGAUACACAACUAAUCCGGGUUACCAGGCUUAUGUGGUGCUGAUUUCUCUCAUGUCUUUCUUUAUACCCUUCCUGGUGAUACUGUAUUCAUUUAUGGGCAUACUCAACACCCUUCGGCACAACGCCUUGAGGAUCCAUAGCUACCCUGAGGGUAUAUGCCUCCGCCAGGCCAGCAAACUGGGUCUCAUGAGUCUCCAGAGACCCUUCCAGAUGAGCAUCGACAUGGGCUUUAAAACGCGUGCCUUUACUACCAUUCUGAUUCUCUUUGCUGUCUUCAUCGUGUGCUGGGCCCCAUUCACCACUUACAGCCUUGUGGCGACGUUCAGUAAGCACUUUUACUAUAAGCACAACUUUUUUGAGAUCAGCACUUGGUUACUUUGGCUCUGCUACCUCAAGUCUGCAUUGAACCCACUGAUUUACUACUGGAGAAUUAAGAAAUUCCAUGACGCCUGCCUGGACAUGAUGCCUAAGUCCUUCAAAUUUUUGCCGCGGCUCCCUGGUCACACAAGGCGCCGGAUACGCCCCAGUGCUGUGUACGUGUGUGGGGAGCAUCGGACGGUGGUGUGAAUAUUGGAACUGACUGACAUUUUGGGUGAUGGUUGUUCUUUAUCUGACUUUGAAUUUUCUUUUACAUGGCUUCUCCACUUCCACUUGAUUGUGUUUUUAAUAGGUUUGUGUGUGCAGUGUAAAGAAAGAAUUGUGACUAGUUAUAAUUCUGUUUCCCAGGAUACACAAUAUGGAAAUAAUCACAAAUGUUACCUCCUGGAUUCAAGAGAAAGUCUAGAUUUAGGGUGGGGAGAUGGUUUUUAUGUUGUUGUUGUUCUUUGAUUGACUUUGUUUUUGAAGUAGGAAUCAGGAUUGGGCUUUAUUGAGCCUGCAGUUACACUGAAUUGUAGGUGUUUUGUAUGCUGCUAAGGUAUGCUUAAUUGACUUUAUUAAUUCUUUUUUUUGUUUGUUUUUCUGGAAGACACUGCUGCUUUUUGCCAUCACAUUGGAGCCAAAAACCACAUACAUCUCAGUAAAUAAAUAUUUACUUUUAUUAAAAACAAACAAACAAACCCAAGGGGGUUAGUGACAUUUUAAAAGUCAUUAAUAUUUUCUUUGGUGCACUUUAAGAAACAGCGUAUCAACUAAUUCAGUCAUGUUUUUCAGAAUUGAUUUUACAGGUGACAUGUUAUGCUUUAGGAAUAUUGCAUUAUCAUUUGUAGGAAGAUAGUUUUUAAAUGUUUUAUCUGCAUGUACAGUUUUAAAGGAGAGAACAUAAACAUAGAAAAUUUUCAAAGCACAAAGCGAUUCUUUAGAGCAAUAGGGCGAAGUUGCAGAGACAGAACACCCUUGCAAAUUUAAAUGGGAUGCAGUGAGGGGGUGGCUAGUAGUGCAGCCUGUGGUGAUUCCUUCUACUCAAGGAUUCUCACUGAGUCCAGCGGGGAGAAGGGCCUACCAUUUAUUGGACACCAACCACAUGCCAGGCACUGUGUAUCAUUUUUUCCUCACAGCAUCCUGUGAGGCAGGUAUUAUUUCUUCCUUUUUAAAGAUAAAGCAAGCAAGUCUCAGAGAGACUAAAACCCUGCCCAGGUUUACUGGUAGAGCUGGGAAUCUGUCGGAGUCCUGAGACGGCUAAUUCACUGGGCCGUACUGACACAUCUGGCAGGCUUAGAUGUUUGUAGUCAAGAGGGAACUUUGUAUGUCUUUUCAUAUUUUUUUUUUUUAGACUAAAACAUUUUUUAAAAUUUCCUUCAUUUUUAAUUAGCAAAAGAAAUGUGAGACCAUUACAGAAAGUCUGGAAAAUAUAAAAAUGAAAUCAUUUACAACCACCCUUUUACACUGGAACUUUAAAGUCUUAGGUAAAUAAAGCUAUAAGGAAAGGUGA